GCUGAGCCGACCUGGCUGACUGAUAUCUGCAAGUCUGCAUAUCCCUGCCUUGCGAAGUCCCACAGCCAACAUAAAAUGUAGCAUGACCAUGAGGCAAGAAAGAAGCCAGAAGAGCUGUCUGCUGCAGAAUUAACCACACAGCCGGGUGAAGGCUGUAGAGAGACAACAAUAAUGUGCAAAAUCCUUGGAAGAAAAGGCCACAGAAUCGCUGCAGAAAGCAGGGCGUGGGGAGAACUGGCUUGGGAAGUCUGAACAGGAUCCCUAAGCACUGGGAGUCUGGCGGGGGGGGGGAGGAAAAGGGGGCACCUCCUCUCCCCACACCCCCAAUGUUGUAGGCUGGUGCAGUAGAUUUUGCUGAGAACUCUUCCUCGCGUUUGGUGGGGCUAAAAAUAGAAAAGUGGAAGAUACCAAGAUCGGUGAUGAUGGUGAACUAGAGAGAGAAUGUGGAGGGAGGGAGAGAGAGAGAGAGAGAGAGAGAGCACACACCAUCUGAAGAGAAGCCUGUUUUCUUGCUCUGCGUGAUUGGUCCGGGCUCUGCCGGCUGGGCUUCUUUUCUGGAAGGUCCCUGAAGUGGCAGAGCAUGUGAGGAUGCCACCGCACAGAAAUCACACUGUGCAAGACACGUGUUGGGUGCGCAGAGGAGACGGCUGGGCAGGCGAGAUCGCCAGAGCCGCGCUCAGUCGGUGCCGGAGCCCAGCAGCAUGCAGCUGGCACGGCGUCAGCCCCCGCCAAAGGGACCAGCAGAGCGGCGCUGGGAGCCCCAGCCAGGCCUCUGAGAUGCCCGGCUCCCUCCCCGCCGCCCGUGUGUGACGCUGCUGCCGCCCCCCACCGCCCCCCCCCGGUGCCACCAUGGUCCACACGGAAGGCAACGCCCUGCUGAAAGCCGUCUGGCAGGGCAAAUUCCGCCUCACCCGCCUGCUGCUGGAGGGCGGGGCCUACAUCAACGAGGGCAACACCCUGGGGGAGACGCCCCUCAUUGCCGCCUGCGUGGCCCCUUACGAGGACCCCCAGAACAAGCCCCGGAUGGUGCGGUACCUCCUGGAGAACGGGGCCGACCCCAACAUCCCCGACAAGAUGGGGAAGUCUGCCCUGAUGCACGCCUGCGCCGACGGGGCCGGGGCCGAGGUGGCCGCCGUCUUGCUCGCCCACGGUGCCGACCCCAGCGCCAAGGACUACUCGGGGGCCUCGGCCUUGGUGUACGCCAUCAACAAGGGGGACCGGGCCACCCUGCAGGUCCUGCUGGACGCCUGCAAGGCCAAGGGGAAGGAGGUCAUCAUCAUCACCACGGACCGGUCCCCCUCGGGGACCAAGAAGACCAAGCAGUACCUCAACUCGCCGCCCUCGCCCGGCAUCGAGGAGAAGCCGCCGCCCGCCCUGUGCAUGUCGCCUUCGGACAUCGAGGUGAGGACCUCCCAGUCGCCGGGAGGCAGCAGCGAGAAGGAAGAGGAGCGGGACGUCUUCAACUUCACCCUGGCCACGCGGCUCAGCUGCGCCCCGCUCUCGCACGCCAUGGGGAAGGGCGCCGAAGAGAAGAACCCCGCCCUCCCACCCAAAGGCCGGCCCAAGCCGCUGAAGAGGCUGAACUCCGAGCCCUGGGGCCUGGUGGCGCCCUCAAGCAUGGCCGCCGCGCAUCAGGACAAGGCCCGGACCCCAGAGGAGAGGGUGGCGGCGGAGCUGAAUGGGCUGAGCCUCGCCAAGAGGCCCCCGUUGUCACGGAGACACAGCAUGGAGGGCCAGGAGCCCUCCUGCCUCAAGAUGGCGGCCUCCCACCAGCUGUUGGGGGAAGACCCCUCUGGCCUGGAAGCGGCCUGGGCCGAGAAAGUCUCCUUCAGCCAGCUCCACCAGCCUCUUUCCCGGCACAACACCGCUCCCGAAACCCAGGAGAGCGCCCCGGGCCCCGUCCCGCGGGGCUUGGCCCACCACAAGCUCAACUGCCUCGAACAUUAUGACUCCGACUCCCUCUGCCCGGACUCCAUCCCCGGCUCGCCCGAUUCCGGCCGCAUUUCUGUGGAGAGGAGGAAGUAUAACGCCUCCCCCUUGACCCUGCCGGUCAGUUCGUCCCGGGAGAGUUUGGAAAGCAUCCCCAGUGCUGUCUCGCCCAUCACGAUACGACGCAGAGGGCCCGGCAUCCUCGAGAGAAGGGGCUCCGGGACGUUGCUCCUGGACCACAUCGCCCACAGCCGCCCCGGCUUCCUGCCCCCUCUCCACUUCAACCCCCACCCUCCCCUCCGCGACAUCCGGCCCAACGGCAACCCCUCCCCAGCCCACAAGGGGCUCAUCCCCAUGGCCCCCCCUUCGCCCAAGGCAAAGAGGCUGCUAAGGAGGCACUCCAUGCAGACAGAGCAGAUGAAGCAGCUGGUCAGUUUCCAGAGCCAGAUUGCCCAAGGGGACUCCAUGGCCAGCUAAGAAGGGCCAGGCCACCCAAAGGGGAGCGGCGGCCUUUGCGUCUUUCCCACAUCGGGGUCUGGAGCGCCUUCAGCAACACAGUUCCUGCUCCACUUGCUGGCCUCCAGGCCCAAUCCUGUCUUCGUAGCUGGGUUUCCGCGUCUUCCUCCCUUCUCUCUUCCUUGGUGUUCCAUGUCGUACGCCACCAUAUUUAUAAUCCAAGCUGAGCUUGACUCCCGCAAAUUGGCACCGGAGCCAACACCACAAGACCGGGGCGGAGGAAAUGGAUCUUGAAAGUGAAGUUGUGCACGGGACGAGGAGAGGUGUGCCGUGAUUCAGAAGAUGUCGUCCGUGGCUGCCACUUCUAAAGAAUUCAGACGGCAUUGACUAAAUCAUUUGGACAGGAAGGAUUGGGCAGGGUCUUGGCAUCUUUGGUUGACCCAACCAUCUGGGUCAUGGGAAACAUUUGGUGUCCAUUGCUUCCCACCACAACCACCAGCCUAGACAGACAAGUCCUGGGAAGUGAAGAGGGUGGUGAAUGCCCAGGAAAAACAUGACGAUGACGGAGAGUCUUGUGGUUUCAGGGUUCAACUGGAGAAGCCCCAAACACAACGGAACGAACUUUACAAUUCAACCCGAAAGGUGAAUUCACGUCCGGGAAUCUUGUGGGUUGGUGCUUUCUUCAAGGGUCCCGUCCUCAACCACGAGGGACCCAGGUGUGGCAAAGAGACAACCUCCAGCGCCUUCUCUGGCUUCAGUCCCCACCACGUUUCUUCGUAUGGAUUUUAUCAAGGGGGGGGCACUUGCUUUGCGGGGAGCUAGGACUCCUGGGUUGGGUGCCCAGUUCAGGGAAGGGAGUGUCCAUCUGUUUGCACAUCGGCAGUUUUUAGGGCUAGAGAGCUGGGAAACUGCCUUUCUUUGGUUGUGUGCCUCUCUGGGCUGGGGGCUUAAGGGGUAACUGGGAGGUGUCGCUUUGAAGGGCUAGGCUCUCUGUUGAUGGAUUGGAGCCCGCUGGGUUGACUUCCAAGGGCAGGCGUGGGUCCCGAAUCAGGGCAGAAUUCCUUUCGUCUACAGGAGAUGUCUCAAACCAAACUGAAGUCUGUGGGCAGGCUCCCCCAAUCAAGAAGAGGGCGGCUUAGUGGACCAUCUCCGUCAGUGCUCCCAUGUCACGAGAACCCAGACCUGUUCGCCAGUCCUGGAUGCGUGCUGCCAACACCCGACAUUUUACCAGGAUCAACCAGCCAAGUCCAGAUCUGUGCUUAGCUAUCCUGGUUAAAUGUCGCUCGGUCCGUUGUGGCAUGGAUCUGCGGUUGGCGGAGAAUCCCGAGUUCUCACGACGCAUGGCUAUGCUGGCUGGGAUUUUCUGGGAAGCUCUUUUUUGAUUGUGAGAAGGCACCCAGCCUCAGGGUCCAAGGGGCCCUCGGGACUUGAGUUCUGUGGAGGUGCUGAGGGAGCAUUUCCCAAAUCUUUGCUUGGGACAUUUGUCCCCACCCCCACCCCUGGAUUAAAAGGGGGGAUAAUCUUUUGUGAAUAAGGAGAUAUAUGUAUUUUCUCGAUCCACUCCUGGGACGGUGGGUUGACAUCCUCCUUGCUCUGUGUGGGAUUGCCUUCUGGGUGCCUUCGGGGUCCCCUGCCCUCCCAUUUAACCUGUCUGUCAGGGUGGAGAAUCGGCACCCUGAUAUCUGGGCAAUGCUGAUAUUUCUGAGAUGUCCCCCAAACCUCCGCACUGGGUAACCUUGGGGUCCUUCUUCCCUCCCCUGGAAUGAGGCUGGUGCCCCUAUAUGGGGAGAUUGGAGUGCGGGGGGGGGGUCCUUCUCCACGGGACUCCCUCCCUCUGAGGCACAGAGUCACAUCCAAGGUGGGGGCUUCAUUUUCCAAGACAGACAGCCCAUCUCUCUGUGCAGCUGCUUUGCACAUCUACUGGGCCAGUGGCGAAUUCCCAGCCACCUCUGGAAACUCCGUUCCUUCGGGGCGGGAAGAAAAGCCACCCCGCCAUCCAUGUUGGAAGUGGUUUAAAUCGCCAGUUUAAAUGAAACUGGUUGAAAGGUCUAGUGCCGAUGUGGGGAGCGAGUGGGGGCAUUUGCGUUGUCCUGAUUUGGGAGCCGUGAACCCCGGGGUCUCCCCUCCCCUGCUUCCGCGUGCCUCAGUUUCUUCCAAGCGGGACGCCUUCUACUGACCUGUGUCUGUACCUGAACUUUGAUAUCGAGGUAUAUCCUCCGGAGUGCUGCUGUCUGAAUGUAUUUCCUGCUGGUACCUGCAAUUAGUAGCCCAGGCAAAGCAAUAGAACUUGGAACAACACUUGAAACCCAAUCCCCCCUUUCUCCACCUGCAGCCUCCCCCGGGCCCUGUCCAGGGGGCUGAAAAGGCUCCUUUGCUGAGCCACGGGGCGCCUGUGAAGGCCAUCUCCGAGGCUUCAGGCCAGCAUCAGGCAUAUACACGCAGUCCUCUUUCAGGGUGGCGUGGGCAGCGUUUUUGUGCACAGAUGAUGCUCCUGGAAGUUAGGCAUACGGCCACACAGUCUUCUGGGCUGCUGAGCUGUUUUGAUGGUUUCCCGUUACCAUCCCGCCCUCUAUAGGGGGGGAAAAAAUAGUUUGGUCAGAUCAAUAUUAUUAUUGUUUGACAUGAUGCAGGAGAUUGCUCAGAGCAGCUCGGCUGAAAUGCCUAAUUGGUCCUUUUAAUUUCAAUGGGACUACUUUGAGUAGUUUUCUUCAUCCCGUCAGCCAUUAUUAUUAAGAGUAUUUGUAUACCACUUUUCACACACACACACAUUAUGCAUUAUUAAUAAUAAUAAUAAUAAUAAUUUUACAUUUAUAUCCCGCUCUUCCUCCAAGGAGCCCAGAGUACAUGGUACAUGGUUUAUCCUCACAACAACCCUGUGAGGUAGGUGAGGCUGAGAGAUUCAUGGCUGGCCCAGAGUCACCCAGUGAGUUUCAUGGCUGAAUGGGGAUUUGAACUCGGAGCUCCCCGGUCCUAGGCCACUACACUCUAACCACUACACACACAGAGAGUUCUCAAUGCAGUCCACAUACCCCAAAGCCCUCCCUUUCCCCUUCACCCUCUGUUGCCCUGUGGAUCCCUGUCCCCAGAUUUUCCAGGCCCGUCAUUUUCCUCAUCUAGCUGCAGCCUCCUUACCAGCCUUCCACAGCUCCUCCCACCUCAAGGCCUGACCUCUCACUUUCCUCACGGAAGCUGCACAGUUUGUCAGCAUUCUAUGGCUGUCCAGUAGCCUGUUCAGCCACUGCUUGGGCCUGAGAGACACUUUAAGGAGGAGAUGAGAAACGGAUGAGAAAUGGCCGGGGACCUUCAUCUGAAUUGGCUGGCCAGAAAAUCCUAUUUCUAGAGUCUUCUCUCCCUUGUUUAUUUCCGCCUUCAUCUACUGCUGACCAUUAGCUCAGAAUGUUUGUGAACAUGUCAUGACAUCAGAACAUCUUCAGCCAAUCGUGGCUGGGCGAGGGGAGCCUAGGAUUUGCAGGCAACAAUCAGGUUUUAGCCUAGUUAAAAUUUCAUUUCAGGUAUACGAAUUACCUUAAUAAUUAUAAGCUGCCAAUUUUAGACCAAAAAUGUGGGUUCUGGGGAGAGGAGAGCAUCAAAUAAUCAACUACAAUGUAUUUUCUGCUGUGAAUUCCCGCAGCUGACAGCAGGAUUAUUCCAGCCCUCCUCUUCUGACCCAAUAAUGCCCUGUCCAUACAAGCCUCUGACAGACACCUCUACGGAUGUGCUUCCCUUACAGCAAGACACACAACUUUUUAGAAUUUAACUGGGUUUCUUUUGCACUUUGUCUUUCUCUUCCAAUCGUGGUACAAGCACAAUGUCGCCCCCUGUGGCCAAACGCACAAUUGGUCGGGCGGUGGUUAUGGCCGCCUUAGAGCUUUUCUGUGGUAUGUCCUGUAUGGACCAAUAGAUAUAGAUAGAUAUAAAAUUAUAUAUACAGAAUACGACACAAAA